AUGCCGAGGAAUGUCUUCAUCAGAUUGUACCAACAAGCAAGUUGGGACCGAGUAGCGUCGGAAAAAUUCGACAGCCCGACGAUAAUUUGCACAUACCGAUACCUGAAUAAAACUUGCACGCGGCAUAUGAGCAGUUAUAGUAUAAUAAAGCGAGGAGUGGAUUGGCAGCGGUGGCCGCCGGUCGCCAUGGCGUCCCCGCUCGUCGCCGGCGCGGCGCGCUGCCUCGCCGCUCGGAUACCUACGCCGUGGCCCGCGCAGCCGGCUGUUUGGCGCCAAUUGCGUUCGGAAAAUCAAAAAUGGCGCCGACAGUUGUAUAAUGCGGCCGAAACG